AUGUGCGGUGCAAUUGUAUCUUAUACGAUUGAGGAAAAUUUGUCCCUAGCUGCAUUAGAUUCCGCUAACGUGCAGGAAUUAAGGAAUACAGAGAAUCUCAUCUUGCCUCAUUGAUUCGGUGUCAUUGCCUCUGCUGUCACAGAACCCGGGAUAGCAGAUAUACUUGUGCCAGAAACCCAAGAAUACAAAUCGGUGGCCAGUGAGACACUCGAAGAAUUGGAAUGGUGCUUGAAACAGCUGGAGAACAUUCAAACCAAACGCCCCGUGUCCGACAUGGCUUUCUCCAAAGAUUUGCAUAGAUAUGGAUUCACUGAUCUCUGUGAACGUUAUACUCGUAUCGCUACUGUGAACGCCGGUCCAAUUUACACUAAUUCAAAUAUUACAAAAGCACCCAAACGUGUGCUUCAGUCGGUCGUCAAAAUCAUAACCAAUGUAUAUGCAUCUGCUCUGUUUCAUUCCUCCUCGGUUUGCAUCGUAGAAGAUGAGAAAGAUGCGCAAGCUGACCAAGAAAUCGAACAAAUGCUAGAACGUCGGCGUAGCAGUGGACAAUCACACGGUUCGAGUGGAACCGCUCAGGAUGGUCAGGUUUUGACUCCCGGUGGUAGAAUGCAAGCGCAACAUCAGCAACAGCAACAGCAACAACAACAACAACAACAAAAUCGGUCAUCGAUUCACAGCAAUGAAAAAGAUGGUCAAGCCUCGCUUUCGACCACACCGGGUGCUGGCGCAUCCACAAAACCGGCUGGAAUGGAUUCGAUUGACAGUUCGUCCAGUUUACAACAAACAGGUAAAACUGCAGGCGCAUNGUGUUCCUAA